CCAGUAGUCAUAACUGUCUCAGACUUUAUAUAUUAUCGUGUUUGUUUAUGCUGCACGCCACUACGCGCGUGGUCGGAAAUAUGGCCUCUCCGUCACAUUUUGGCGUUACAUCAACGCACGUUCGCCGCAAUCGACACCCUAAACAGAGGAACCAGUAUUAUGAACGUUUCGUAGAAAGCCAAACGCAAGACGAUGGCAUGCGCCUCAUGUUAAACUUAUACAAGAUAGCCGCUGGUCCAGACGGAAAACCAAAGCAGCACAAGUUUUUUGGGUCCAAUACUGUAAGGUUGCUUCAAGCUUCCGCAACUGAGAAGCACUUUCUCCCAACGUCAAGUGACUUUCAAUAUACCUACAAUGUGAAGUAUGAACUGACAAACCUCUCACUGAGCAAACUGGUUAAGGCGUCUUUUAUGCACCUGAGGUCACCAGUGUCAUCCAAUUUUCCAUUUAUCUGUGAGGCUAGGGUCACCCCAUCACAAAAUCUUUCUGAGGGCGAUCACAUCACUAUGGGUCCACGAAGCCUAUGGACUGAAUCUGACGUUACAAACCAUGUGUCCCAGACAAAGGGUGACCAUGUUUUCCUCUUUGCCCAUUAUCGAUGCACCAAAACAGAUCGUAAGGGGUAUAUCGAAAGAAAACGUUUACCGCCACAAAAUCAUCUUAGAGCUCCCGUUCUGCUACUUUUCUUGGACGAGAACAAGCAACCCAUGGAGUGGGCCAAGUAUUUCACACCCCUUUCCCGCCCCAGCACAAGGACCCGCCGUUCCAGGGAGCCUGGCAGCAUUGUUUCUGACAUCCCCAACUACAAGCAAGGGCCUAACAGUGUGGCCAAAAACCAAUGUAAGCUGCACUCCUACCGUGUGGCCUUCAAAGACCUCGGAUGGGACCACUGGAUCAUUGCUCCCCACAAGUACAAUCCACGUUACUGUAUGGGAGACUGCCCUCGAAUUCUUCAUUACGGCUAUAAUUCACCCAACCAUGCAAUCAUGCAGACGUUCAUCAGCGAUCUUGGUGUUGCAGAUAUUCCACUACCCUCCUGCGUUCCCUACAAAUAUAAACCUAUCAGCGUGCUGAUGAUGGAGAGGAAUGGAAACAUAGUUUAUAAAGAAUAUGAGGACAUGAUUGCUGACUCCUGCACCUGUAGGUGACUUUGAACACGGGUCAGAAUAGGAAAAGAACUGAAUCGUGCUAUGGCAAUGUGAAUUUGUAACAGCACAAUUGGAGGAUUAAAAUUAAUGGCAAGGUAUGCAGCGCUAUGUCAGUUUGCCUGUUUUCUUUGCAUAACUACCAAAAUUCUGAAAGUGAGGUGUCUGUGACUCACUUGAAUUCUGGAGAAUCAUCUUAAGUCUCACUCUCAGUACCUGACAUUUUGGGGAUAUAGGUAUGAAUAAGUUGUUAUGAUUGUAAGUGUUAUAUUAAUAAUAAUUAGAGUAAGUGUAUAUUGAGGUUUUGGGCCGGUUAAAUUAAUGCGCUACAAUAAUGUAUGUUUCUUUUCCUUUUACUGAAUUUGUCUGUGUAUGUUUUUGGCUUGUGUGUGUGUUUUCUGUCUACAUCUAAGUGUACAUAAUGUAUUUAUGAAGAGGUAUGAAAGUUGAAAUAUGAAAAUUUUUGCACUUUAUUAAAAGGCACUGUAUGUUUAAAAAAUGAAAAAGUAAAAAAAGAAUAAGGAAGGAGGGAGGGGAAAACGGUAGAGUUCUGAUCUGUUGACUGAAGGUUAAGUCUUAAAGUUUGGAUUGUUUGGAUCUCGCCCAUCUGAACUGAGGUCCUGUGGGAUGUUUAUAGAAGAGGAACUUUCUUAAGACUCAUUUUGUAGAAAAAAAUAUGUCCAUGCACAUGAAAUACAUUUUAAUGUCAUUGUGAAAAAAGAGGAAAUAAAGUAUUUUGGUAAA